AUGACACGCGACGCAGAUGACUAUGACGAUCCUUGCCAGUAUAUUAAUAUACGCCUAAAGGAUGACAAAGACAACAAACUCAAAGACCUUUUCGAAAAAGGGCUUAACGCACUCUUAGCUGAUGAAUACUUUUUGCUGCUCUAUGUUCCUGAAAAUGGGGCCAAGAUGCAAAUUGUACAGCCUGCCACUGACUCAUACCAUCGUAAACGGAUGAUCAAAAGGAUCAAUGAAGCAACACGCAUUCCAUCUUUUUACUACGCCUUGUCACACCUUUGGGGAAUCACAGAAGACAACCGGCACAUGUGGGAGGAAAUCAGCGAAUACGUGGAUGACAUCAAUGGACAACCCGUCGAUCCUGUUUCCAUGCGAGAUGAGAAACGAGGCCCGUUGUUGGCAAUGCUCAGAGAUCAUCCUGACAGCUAUUGGUGGAUCGAUGUCUUGUGUGCACGUACCGAUACACCAUUGGAUAUCAUGGGUGAUAUUUAUGCAUGUUGCCUUGAAUGCAUUGCCAUGAUCGAUUGUGAACCUGGCCUGAUACCAAAACUUUAUACCAAGCAGCGUGUGAAAGAGGACAUCGUUGAGCUUUGGACGAGGGAUCAAACACGUGAAGAGAUGUCAUAUUUCAAGCAGCUUUAUGAAGAGUACCCCCUACUAUUGGACCAUUUAUUCGAAUUCUCUCAAAGUAAAUGGUGGCAGCGUGUGUGGACUUGGCAAGAGAUGGCGCUACCUUUGGGAGAGGUGCGCUUUAUAGCCGAAACAGGCACACAGGCACUUGAAGGAAACACCAUAACUAUGGAUGGUUUACUUAACAGUGUUAUGAACGCAUCAUGUAUUAUAUACUAUAUUGCCAAUGAAUUCGAUUCAGCACCUAUCGAAGAGGAAAAAGAACAAAGGCUGCUUGAAUGGAUCGCCGAGAUAACUCAAACCAGGUCAUUCAGCAAGCGUCGCUUUGAGAAAAGCGCACAGACAUUUUUGCAAUUAUUUGUGGCACUUGAAACGUCCAGCCGACGCUGUAUGGACCCUGUGGAUUAUGUCUAUGGACUCCUAGGCAUGUUCCAGAUCAAAAUUCCAAGGUUGUCCGAUCCCAAUGAAGUUUGGCAGACCUUCUUGUCUGAGCUUGAUGAUUACAUGGAGGACAUGAAGAACGAGCAAGUCCUGUCGGAAGACAACAACAAAGGAAAACUUGUUGGAAUCAAUGAUGAUGCAAAGCAAGUCGAUUUACGAAAAGCUAGAAACAUGGCUGAUGUUUACAAGGACAUUAUAUAUUUAGAAAUGAUCGAUGAUGACGAAGAAUAA